GAAAUCAGGAAGUUUAGAGAGCUCAGCCCCUGGCUCUGUGGAGCUGGGCGUGUUGCUGUGGGUGGGAAGCAGCCGGGAAACCCUCGAAUCCAGCUCCUAGGGUGCCACAAGGCCAUUUCAGCUGGCCUGCGCGUGGAUCAGGGGGGCCCAUGACUACAGAAUGCUCUGAAGGCGUGCAGGCUCUGAAAGUAUGGGCUGCUGCCGUGCCACAAGCCUGCAGCCCCUGCUGCUGUGAUGGGCUCAGGCCCUGGACUUGGCCUGGAGACAGAGUGUAACACCCGCUCACUCACCUGGAAGAGCCUUGACCUGACUUUGUGCCCAGAGCCCCAGAGCCAGGCGCUGCUGCCCUACUGCCUGACCCAGGGCCCUUCCUCCUGUGCUCUUUCUGCUCCUGGGACAGUGCCAGGCUUGGAUGCCAAAGCCCCGGAGUCCUCAGUGCUGGGAAGAGGUGAAGCAGUGAGCAGCAGGUGGUCAGCCAGCCCGAAGCAGGAGAUGCAGAGCACAGCUAAUUACCUGUGGUACACAGACGAUCUGCUGGGACAGGGGGCCACCGCCAGUGUGUACAAGGCCCGGAACAAGAAAUCCGGGGAGCUGGUGGCCGUGAAGGUCUUCAACACUGUGAGCUACCUGAGGCCCCGCGAAGUGCAGGUAAGGGAGUUUGAGGUGCUGCGGAAGCUCAACCACCAGAACAUCGUCAAGCUCUUCGCGGUGGAGGAAACGGGGGCCGGCCGGCAGAAGGUGCUGGUAAUGGAGUACUGCUCCAGCGGGAGCCUGCUGAGUGUGCUGGAGAGCCCCGAGAAUGCCUUUGGGCUGCCGGAGGAGGAGUUCCUGGUGGUGUUGCGCUGUGUGGUGUCUGGCAUGAAUCACCUGCGGGAGAAUGGCAUCGUCCACCGGGACAUCAAGCCAGGGAACAUCAUGCGGCUGGUCGGGGAGGAGGGUCAGAGCAUCUACAAGCUGACCGACUUCGGGGCCGCCCGGGAGCUGGACGAUGAGGAGAAAUUCAUCUCUGUCUAUGGGACAGAGGAGUACCUGCACCCUGACAUAUACGAGCGGGCAGUGCUGCACAAGCCCCAGCAGAAGGCAUUCGGGGUGUCUGUGGACCUCUGGAGCAUCGGGGUGACCCUGUACCAUGCAGCCACUGGCAGUCUGCCCUUUGUCCCCUUUGGGGGGCCACGGCGCAACAAGGAGAUCAUGUACCGGAUCACCACGGAGAAGCCGGCAGGAGCCAUCGCAGGAGCGCAGAGGCGGGAGAAUGGGCCCCUGGAGUGGAGUUACAGUCUCCCGGUCACCUGCCAGCUGUCCAUGGGGCUGCAGAGCCAGCUGGUACCCAUCCUGGCCAACAUCCUGGAGGUGGAAGAGGCCAAGUGCUGGGGCUUCGAUCAGUUCUUUGCGGAGACCAGUAACAUCCUGCAGCGGGUCGUGGUCCACGUCUUCUGCCUGUCCCAGUCUGUGCUGCACCACAUCUACAUCCACGCCCACAACACGAUCGCCAUCUUUCUGGAAGCAGUAUAUGAGCAGACCAAUGUGGCGCCCCAGCACCAAGAGUACCUCUUUGAGGGUCACCUUUGUGUCUUCAAGCCCAGCCUCUCAGCACAGCACAUCAGCCAUACGACGGCCAGCAGCCCCUUGACCCUGUUCAGCAUGGCCAGCGACACCCCCAGGGGUCUGACCUUCAGGGAUCCUGCUGUGGACAUCCCCAAGUUUGUCCCCAAAGUGGACCUGCAGGCAGAUUACAGCACUGCCAAGGGUGUGCUGGGCGCUGGUCACCAGGCACUGCGGCUGGCGCGGGCUCUGCUGAAUGGGCAGGAGCUGAUGCUGCGCGGACUGCACUGGGUCGUACAGGUGCUCCAGGCCACGUGCAGGCAGACCCUGGAGGUCACCAGGACCAGCCUCCUCUUCCUUGGCAGCAGCCUGGCCACUGAGAGGUCCAGCAGCGCUGCCAGGAUGCCUGAGAUGCCUGAGAUUCAGAAACUGAAGAGGGCCACAGAGCUGAGGUCCAAGCUGCAGACUCUGGCUGCGGUCCUCUCCAGAUGUUCCCAAGACAUGGCAGAGACACAGGUGAGCCUGGACCACCUGAGCUCAGAGCUGGCGAAGAACCGGGAUCAGGUACAUGAAGACAGAAGCACCCAGCAGAUCCAGAGUUGUCUGGACAAGAUGUACCUCAUCUAUAAGCAGUUCAAGAAGUCUCGGAUGAGGCCAGGCUGGCCUUGAACUCCCUGCGUAGCCCAGGCUGUCCUCAUACUUGUAGGGGAUCUUCCAGCCUCAGACUCUCAAGUGCUGGGAUUACAGACAUGCACCACCAUGCUCAGCUUAUAGCCAAAUUAGAAAAUAGAAAGCAACAGGUGAAAUUAAUUUUGAUAUAUUUUACUCAAUAUAUCCCCUGUGUCACUUCUGCAUGUAAUCAGUAUAAACAAGAUUAAAGAGAGAUUUCAUGUUCCUUGUCUGUGGUGAGGCUUCAAAAUCUCGUGUGUAUUUCAUGAGAUGGCACUCCUAUAUUUGGAAGCUGAAUGUAUCACGAAGUAAAAUGUAGUGUUAAUGAAACCAUAAAGCUACGUUUAAUGGGAAAGAUAUGUUACACUGUAUUAGUUUCAAAAUUCAAAUUAAUUCAAGUGAAAACUCAGGUUCUCAGUUGCACUCACUGUGUCAGGAGCUCUGUAGCUGUGGGUGUUGGUGGUCACUGCAGUGGACACACAGGUGUACAUAGGACAGCCUCUUUCUUCACAGGCCCUGGUCCUGCCUCUGGGUCUGGCCUCAAGGACCCACAGGACUAGGGGAGGCAAAGAGGCUGACAGCACUUUGGGGCUCAACAAGGCUGCCCCAUACCCACUUGGCUGCCUUGAUAGUGACUUCAAACCUGAGGCUUGGAGUCCACAAUGCUGUCACUCAAAACUGUAGCCCCUCCCUGGUGCCAGGACCCAUGCUAAGGGCUGUGGUGUUUUUACAUUAUUUAAUGCUCACAGACACUGUAGACACCAUAUCCUCUCCAUUUUACAGGUGAGGAAACUGAGACACAGAAAGGCUAAGUAGCCAGGGCAAUGUAGGCCCCACUGCUUUUAAUCACCCCUUUUGACAGCUUUGAAGGACUUUUAUUUCUAAUGGCCUUUCACAUCCUUUAUCAAAAUCAGAAAUGAACCCUUAACUGGUCACAUGUGGAACACCAGCAAAAGAUGCUAUUCCAGCUGGGUGUGCUGGUGCAUGCCUGUAAUCCCAGCUGCUAGGGAGGCUAAGGCAGGAGGAUCUCAAAUUCAGUGCCAGCUGGGGCAAACUUGGGAAAACCCUGGCUUAAAAUAAAAAUGUAACAAAGGCCUGGGAAUGCAGCUCAGUGAAAAGCCCCAGGUUCAAUCACUAGUACUGCAUAAGAGCGAGCGGGUGAGGAAGCCAGUGGAAAAGGGUUAGCAGUUUUCUGAGCAGCCUCUUCGAAGAUCUGCACAGGAGUCCUGCGAAGUACAUGAAUAGAGGAAGACGCAGGCUCCCUGAGGCCAGAUCACUUGCUGUUAGCAGGCAGGGCUGGGACUUAUUCCAGAGCUCCAGAUGUCACAAGUGCUGUCAGCUGCUGCAGACCCAGGGAGGGAGUCCUGGGAAGAGCUGAAUGGGCAGACUUAAAUGCGUCACCUCACUUUACAGCCACCACUAUCUAGAAGGGCCAUUCCCAGCAGGGGGCAGCACGUCCUAGCACUUGAGCAUCAGGGUUCUUCAGCACUCAGGCCCAGAGUAUCAGCAUGCAAAACUACAGCUGGCAAAAGUGCCUCUUUUGGCAAAAGUGGCUGGGCAGAGAGGGGAGGCUCCAGUGAUAGCCCAGCUUCUCCAGCUCAUUCCUGCAGAACCACUGGCUGUGUGUGCAGCAUGACUGCAUGACGGCCAGCUGCAGACCUUAGCUACUUGUGAGUGUUGGUGAGGGGCCACUCAUCCUUGCCACCCCAUCUGCAGCAUCUCUGUCGCUCCAGCACAGGCGUCUCCCUCAGAAGCCUGUGGCAGUUUCUCCGCAGCUUCUCCUCCUUCUGCCCAUCCUGGCUCCCUGGGCUGCGGGCUCCCCUAAAAUUCGACCCCAGGCUGGCUGGUUGCAUCUGCGUAACUGUCCCCUACCCUGUGGCACUCCGUGGUGUGGACUGCUUCAGUAGGUGACCUCAUUCCCGACUAUUUCCUUCAGGGCUUGGCUACAAUGAGGAACAGAUCCACAAGCUGGAUAA